GUUUUGGGCAUCACACGUUUAAGAAAGAUGUGAUCAGAUAGGAGACAGUCCAGAAGACAGCAACAAAAACGAUGAAAGGUUUAGAAAACCUGACCUAUAAGGAAAGGUUAAAGAAAACUGGACAUGUUUAGUCUUGAGAAAGAAGACAGAGGGGAAUCUGAUCACAGUCUUCAGUCCAUGAUGAAGGAGGUAUGUUCCUCAUGCCUCCAGCCUGUCUCUUCUAUGGAGUGUGUGGCAGCCAACAAGGUCCUUCUACAUCACUCAUGCUUCUGCUGCAUGCUCUGCAAGAGGAAGCUAAGCUUGCAUAACUCCACUGCCCUCCAUGGGGUAUUUUACUGCAAAGUCCAUUAUAAGCAGCUUGCCAAAGCCAGGGGAGGAAGCGAGGAAGAAAAGAUUGAAUGCAAACAAGACCAGCAGCUACACGCAAUGCUAACACCAGGCCAAGGAUCAGAGCCUAGGAAUAGAUAUAACAGGACAGAAAAAAAAAUUGUGCAGAGAGAGAAACUGCAACCCAGAUCCUUUAAUUCACAUCCACGUCGCAGCUUGGCGCCACCUGAUGGAAGUAGGCAACUGAGCAGUGAGUUUGUCUCGAGAAACCAGCUCAGAACUAGCUGGCCGCCUUUGAAGAAAAGCUCUGCAGAGGCAGCCAGGAACCCGGACAAACCUGGAAAGGGCGAGGGGCGAGACACUGCAUUGAGCUUAGAAACCUGUCAGGCCACAGGCAGCAGAGCCGAUGGGGUUAUGCUCAGGACGCAUGAUGGAAAAUCAAUAGCAGAAACGGCUGUGAAAAAGAAACCGAGCCUGUUACCUGGGGUCACCUUUCUAAAGGAGGAAGGGCAAGGUUUUCCCUGGGUUAAAGCAGCGGGUGGGAAAGGAGAGCUCAGAGAUGGUAAAAAGAAACUGGGGUUCAUGGAGGGAAAGGUGACGACAGCGCUGAAAGGAAAGCAAAGGAUUGGAGUAUCUGAGAAAGUUGCUGGGUUCCAGCAGAGUAAAUCCAGACUGGAGAGUAAGAGUCUUCCUGCCAUCUCACCAUUAGCAUUGGUGCCUGUGAAACCUCCUGCCCAUGGUUCCUUCGUCUCCCAUUCAAAAGCACUAAGAGCUACUAAUUGGACAUCUACAACAGCUGUUCAGGCUGGUGCUCUCCGUACUGCAAAACUCCUGCCCAAGGAUAACAAGCUUAGUGUAACUCCCUCCACCGAAGCCCUGUUUAAGGAAGGAAACAUAAACCUUAGCACAGAGAGAGCUGGAUCUGUUCCCAAAAUUACAGUUAAUUUGCCUGAACUGACUCUAUCCAUGAGUUCAAAUACACAGGACCAGCAGCAUCCUCAGGAUCCUGGGCGUGGCCCAUUGGCCUCUCACGACCUAGGAGAAGCUGAGAUGCACAGCAUUCCAAACAUGGUACCAGAAUGUGGAGCGGGGGGUUACAUUUCUUCUCUGCAUAAGCCUGAAGCUCAGAUGCAUCCAGCUGAACAUGAUGCUCUCAAAGGCAAUGAAACAACUUGCCUCCCCAGUGCGUCAAUGACAUCUUACACAGUGGCUGGCUCACCAGAGCUGGGAGUUUUGGUGCCAUUACUCCAGACAGCUGAGCAGGUGAAUGAGAAUUCAAAGACAGACAGCCAAGAGUUCUCUGGAAACCUAAUGCCACUAACUUAUGAGGCAAAUGUGCAGGGAUGUGGAAAAGACCUCAAAAGCAAUGGGGCAGAGGUUGAGAAAGUGAAAAUAAUGCAGCCAGAGAGCAAAGACUGUUAUGAAUUUGUGGAGCAUACUUCUGGACAUCUCUCUCAGGAAAGCAAGUCAGAAGGAAGAGCCAUCUCUUCAGCUGGACAGGCAGGGAGAACAGAUGAUCAAACUGGGUCCUACUUACCAGAAAUAGAAUCUCAAAACAUGUAUGAUCCCCUAGUAAAUAUCCCACAAGGGGAUAUUUUGAUAGAUAAUGUUAAACUAUCUACUAGGGACAUUUCAGGAUCAAUGGAGACACAUUUGAAUACAGCCAGCACUACUGGGAUCUCACAUGAUAAGCCCAGCAGCUCAGAAGAUACUAAACUCAAGUCAAUGGGUCAAGAUGACACUUUGGGACAGAGCAGCCUUCAUAUUUCUGAACCACUGGGCAGAAAGUUAGAAGCUUUCAGAUCUAAUGAAUUAGCAGACAAACCUGAAACUCACCUAGCAGGAAAUGGGAAUGUGGAUGUGAAACCCCAACAUGAAAGUGAGUCACAUGGAACUGCUAGUGUUCCUCAAGGCAAAGGGACUAGAAAUGAUCAUGCCAGGAAAGAUACACUCGCAAAAGCUUCCAGUCUUGGGAAAAAUCCCUUUGCUAGGCUUUUUGCUUCCGAAAAUAAAGGCAGCACCUCAAAGAAAGACCUUGCAGGGAAAAAGAAACCCACGAAGCCCCAAUCUGCCUUGGUGACAUUAUUUGGCUAUUCCUCAAAUAAAGACAGGAAUCCAAAGGAAAGUCUUACAAAACCUUCAUCAAAACUUUCAGAGCAAACAAACAAUGGAGAUCAGCAGGAACCUUCCCAGACUGGAAGCUCCUCAAGCCAGGCAGAGCAACAGGCCAACAAGAAAAUGACAGCAUCAGAUGCUGUUACUCAGAUCGGAAGAGCAGAGGCAACCCCACAAGAUUCACCGCAGACUUCUGGGUACCACUUGGGAGAUGGACGAAGUGAACGUUUUCCACAUUUAGACAGCACUGAAGUCUUCGGGUCCAAUGUGCUUUUGUUGACUCCUGGUGCAGACAGUUUGAGCAAUGCUCGACAUUUACAUGAGGCACCUAGUCUUGAAUUUCAUGACCAACCUGAUUUAAAUGUGCAAACUGCACAACAGGGUGAUGCCAAUUGCUCAUCUUUGAUUCCAUCAAGGGACUCUCAGGAAGAAUCUCCAGCAACCACAGAAGGCAGACAGCCUCCUAUGGGACCGACAGCUGCAACAGACACGAGUGUGAGUCUGACCAGUGAAGGAAAGCAUUAUGACACAUGUCUACAUAAAAUGGAAACCCUGGCUGGUUUGGAUGAUCAAGAUUCAAAGAUCAAGACUGGAACCUUUUCCACACUAAGUCAUUUAGGAGCGUCACACAAAGAAAUUGACCUUCCUUUAGAAGACAGAGAUCUUUUAGAGUCCAGUACACUUUUGUUGUCUGCAGGGGCCAGUAAUUUAAAAAGCACAAGCAAAAACUUUCCUGGCAUCAGUGGCACAGAUAUCCAAUGCCCAGCUGAUUCAGACAUGCAAAAUUCGCAAGUGAAGGAUCAACCUUCCUCCAAUUUAAAUUCCUCAGAAUUAUACAAGUCCAUUGCGGAGAAAUGACCCUCAGCUGUUAUUAAAAUCCAGCUCCCUUCUCCUGAUGGAAGAUGACCUUUUAGAUAUUGAUGAUACUCAUGGAAUUUGGAACUCUGAGUUGUUACAGCAGUUUGAGCUAGACUCCCACUCUCAGGUGGACACAGAUGAUCCUUUUGGACUGGGUCUCGACACUAGACAACCAACUACUGAUCAUCUGUAUACUUUGAGAGACAACUUUCAACCAAUGUCCACAUCUAUUCCCCACGUUGCUAAGCCCCUUAAUGAUAUCCUGGAUACCUUGAAUACUGAGGCAACAGCAGAACUCCAGCAAGCACUGAUGAUAGUGGAAAAGAGUGUACAAGCACCAGAUCUUCCAUAGUAUUGCAUGAUGUCCAGCCCCAUGCAAACCUGGCUUUGCUUAAUGAUGGUUUUAAAACCCAAGACUGUUUUAUAUCGAUGUGAUUAAUGGCUAAAAGCACAAGCACACACACAUGCACGUACUAUAAUUUAGCCGACACUGAAUUUGAAUGUCUGUGAUAAUUUUUGAACGGCAUGGAGAUCAGAGUUGGAGAUCACAGCCCAGGUCCUGGUGGAUAAGUGCCCGUAUCACAAAAUCCAUGAUCACAGCUGGAGACUGCUGACAAGGAUCCUCAGAGAAUUGGCCACAAGGACUAACCUACCUUUUCUCACCCCUUGAACAGGGCCUCUUCAUGUUGGAGCUGAAGCAUGACAUCAGGACAGCACGGAGAAAGCUUGAACUGCUGUUUUCUAUGUUAUAGUGGAUUCAUAGAGGCCUUCAAGCUCCAAAGAUGUCACUCUAGUAAGCUUUCAUGGGCAACAGAUUCAAUCAGAAACCAAAAGGGAAUAGCACUGUCAUUUGAGAAUCUACCUCUCCUUAAUAAAAAUGACAGCAGUGGAGAUGCAAACUCUGCAAAGCAACAAUUUCCCAUCGCUUUUCACCAUGUUGUUUGUAUAGCACCUAACAAUAAUCCUUGACUUCCUCCUGCCUUCAACACUGGUGAUCUCGCUCCUUCUCCUCCACAUCCUGCCCUCCCAUUGGCUUUCCUAGCACCUUCCUCCCAUAGUUUCCCCUUGUCAGUCUCGCAGCUUUCUCAGCAGUCUUUGGCAGUUCCUCUCCUUUUGGCCCAUCUCCCCUUCUCAGAGGGAGUCCCACAAGAUUCUUCCUGUGUGCAUGCGUGCCUGUAUACGCAUGUAUUGCUCCCCUCUACUCAAUACUCUGUUCUGUGCAAUGGGUCCUAUAUACUGCUAAUAGUGAUCUUCCCUUUUCUAAAGUGUGGGGGUAUGCGGGGGGGGGGGGGUCCUGUGCUUCUUGAGAGAAGUUCUAUCCCCUGCUGCUGCUGUGACAUUGAGCAGGGCCACACUGUGCAACUUAACAAUAAAUGUCACAUCUUUGAUAGCCAUUGAUUUGUUUCAGGUGUAACCUGCCUCCCUCCCCUUAUGGAGUUUGCCAGCUCCUGGAGCUCUGGACUGAGCCUUUAGAAGAUAGCUGUCAAAGCCCACGGACCUCACUCCCAGCAUAUGUGGAGUCAGGGUUGAAACAGACAAAACUAGAAGCUGCUGCUGGGAUCAGUGAGCUUUUAUGCAGGGGGUGAUUUGGACAAGCAGUCCACUGGACAAUGACAACCCAGGGCUUCACAGCCCUCAGCAAGUUAACAGAGGAAGGGCCAACCUGACAAAGAAGGUGUCCCUCCUAACUCCGCAGGAGGCUAAAGCGGGAUGGGUGGGGAGCCCAG